UUUAUAUAUAAUUUACGUAAAACAAAAAUAUAUCACAGUGAUAAUUAAUCAAAAAUGGAAUCGAUUAAUGAUUUAACAUAUAAUUGUGAAAAUACAUCAAAUUAUGCCUUACAAUUGGCAUUAAAAACAAUGCAAGAACGGUGUCAACAACUACAAAAACGUUUAGCCACCGUGGAAGAUGAAAAUUGUAGUUUACGCAUGAAAUAUUGCCGUGAAAAACCAUCGAUAAAUAUUUCUAAUACAAGUAAAACAGAAGUGGAAUUAUUACAAGAUAAAAUAGGUCAAUUAACGAAACAAAAGUCUCAAUUAGCACAAAAUGUAAUGAUGGUUGCAUCAGAGAAUCGUAAUUUAUGGAGUCGUCUAUCGAAAUUAACAGAUGUAAAUAAUUCGUUGGGUAAUCAAUUAUUAAAAAUAAAUGAUGCGUUAAAUCAACAUAAAAUGAAUGAAUCAUCAUUAGGUCCUAUUCCAGUAAGUAAUCAUUUAAUUCGUUCAAAAACAUUUACACAACAUUCACCUAGAGAACGUUCGGAGAUGAUAAAACGUGUGACGGAUCCAAGUGAAUCAGAGUAUGUUAGUUUAGAAGAAAUAUCAUUGAAGUUAUUGAAUCGUUUGUCAAAAGAGAAAGCAGAUUUAGAAGAGCAAUGUGCACAAAUGGCUGAAUUACAAAAUGAUAUUGAAAUUGAUGUACAUUCGAUUGGUUUUACAUAUCCAGAAGAUAGUGAUGAGGAGUCGUCAUUUAAUGAACUUACGAAACAUUCAGAGAAUUUACAUAAUUUGAAAGACAUAUUACUUCUGCAACAAACGAAGUUAAAGAGUGCUGUUGAACUUAUACAAAAGUAUCAUUCGGAUGGCGAAAAAUUGUGCAAAAAUUGCCGAAAAACUUCUAAUAAACAAGAAACAACCAAAAUAAUUGUAAACAAAAGCAGUGAAGAAAUUGAGAAAAAAAAUCAGGAUAACAUGAAACCAUCAGGAAGCAAUAUUAAGAGCAACAGCAAUAACAUUCGUUUAUGUCCAAUGUGUAUGAAAGUAUUUAAUUUAAAUAUUGAUGCUGAUAGCGAUUUUCAUCGACAUGUGGAAAAUCAUUUUGUUGAUGAUUCUAUUACAGAUCAAUUUGAAAUUGUCACAACCUUAGGUAUAUAGCCUUUAUUUUAUCAAAAUGAUCGAUUAUUAUAUCAAGUAGGAAAAUUCAAGAA